UUUUACAAAUUCUGUGUUAACAAGGGAAUGCAGAGAAAAGCAUUUGUUGAGAGUUCUACUGUGCGCCAGGCACUAUAUUAUGUGCCUGACAUUUAUUACUUACAUAGUCAUUACAAUAGCAUCACAAAGUAGAUGUGCUGUUCAACAGCCUAUUUUUUUUAUUAAUUAGUCAGCUGUGGUUCAGGAAUGUUGAUUAACUGACCUAUGAUUCCAUAGUUAAAGAGUAGCAGACCCAGAAACCGCCGCUGCUCCUAACAAGAGCUUGAACCCUGCGAAUUUUCGGUCUUGGAGGGGGCCAUGGUGCCCCCCCGUGAGGCAUAAGAAACUAGUCAGUUACUCACAGUUUGAAAAUUCUGGCAGCGAUGAUGACUUUGUUUCCACAACCACACCUUUGAAUAAGAAGCCCAGAACAACACCAAAGGAGUUGAUACUAGAAACAAGGAAACCUAAACUGAAGAAUCUCCAGAAAGAAGAUCUCCCACUACAAGAGAAAACCCCUAAAAAAGGAUGGCUUUAGGUGACGAACUCUACCAGCGAGACUUAGAAGUGGCGCUAGCUUUAUCAGUGAAGGAACUUCCAGCGGUCACCAUUGAUAUGGGAGAGGCUCAAGAUACAAGCACCAAAAAAAUGUGGCAGCAGCGAAAUUGGGACAAUGACUAAGGCUCCCCCAUUUCUCCGAUUGCAGUGUAGCCAGUGAUGAUUUAGAUUAGGAUAAGCUUACCGAGGGAGAUGAUGUGUACGGUGCUCAAGGGAAAAGAAAGGCACCAUCAAAGCUGUGGUACAACAGAGGAAGAUUCUUUCGGAAGGCAGUGAUGGCCAUGGUGCUGGCAACUCUGAACCAACCCGCUGGUGGAGAGUCUGAGGAUGAGUCUGAUUUUAGGGAGAGUGAAGAUGAUGAUGCGAACUUCACUCUGGGAGAAAAUAAAGUGGAAGAAAUUAAAAAGAAAGAAGUGAAGGUAAAAUCCCCAGUUGAAAAAAAGGAGAAGAAACCUAAAUCCAAACGUGAUACUUUGGAAGUGACUUCAAGAGACUGUGCUCCAGCUGCCCUGAAAUCAGAAUCUCAGCCUUCACCAAAAAAGGCCUUAUCAGUGAAGAGGCCACUCGGAAACCAUGACAAAUAUGCAAGCCUUCAGCUGGAAGCAGAAAACCUAAGUUGAUGCCACCAGCGCUGUCUGAAAGCAGCAGCAGCACCAAGAGCAGCAGGAGCCCACUGGCAGGGGUGUCUGUUAAGUCUCCUAAUCAGCGUCUCUGCCUUGGCUUGUCCAGAUUAGCACAAGUGAAACCUUUGCAUCCAAAUGGCGCUAGUGGCUGAGUGUGGUAGUCAACAAAGGUUUGAUUAAGAGAAUAAGAGCUUUACAAGUGUGUUUAUAUUUGAAUUGUGUUUCUGUUUAAGGAGGGUAUCAUAAUAUAAAGGAAUCCUUCAAUGUAAAAAAAAAAUGAGUAGUAGACCCAUGAUUUGACUGUCAGCCUGCGUGACUCCCACGUCUAAUCUUUUGUCCCUCAGCAGCACUGGGGUUAAGGUAUAGAUCCUAGUCAGAUCAACUCAGAGAGUCAAAUGUAGUUAUGUGUUUGCUGAUUUAGAGUUUUCCUAAGAAACCAGGUUAGUCCAAGCAUUUGUCCUAAUAUAUUUGACAACUAGUGAUAACUAGGGGUAAUUAGUGCAGUGGCAGCUAGUCUCUUGUUUUUACUGUCAAAGAGUUUAGGAUGGCUCUCAUUACCUAUGGCCAUAGUACAUAGCUUUUACAUAAGCGAGACCUAAUCAGGCAAGUUCUUAGGUAUAGAGAUGUCUGCUCUCCUUGAGAUGAAUGAUUUUUCCAGAAGUGAUGGAUAUGUAAUCUAGGUGUAGGCCAUGAUACGUUAAUUAAUUUUAUCAUCUAUUUAGAGGAUAUUUCUAAACGAUUCUCUGUUUACUGACUUCCCAGGCUAGUUUUCCCUUUAGGCUAGUUCCCUUGACCAGUUCCUUGAAGCUUUUUCUUUUUUUGUAGAUUUUUUUCCUUUUCUCCAUUGACUUUUCUUGUGUGUUUUUUUUUUCUUUCUUCUCUACUUUUCUUGGUGUUUCUUUUAUUCCAUUAAUUUUUUCCCUUUCUGCCAGCUAAGUAUUUUCUGUUUUUCUAUAGACAAAAUCAAAAGCACAUAGAAUCAGGAUUUUAGGGAAUGUUAGAGAUGAAUUAAUCAAAAUACCCUCUGGUACUACAACCUGUGUUUAACAUCCUCACCAAGUGAUUGUUUAAAUGGAGAAUUUGAAAUGCAAAAGAGAUUAAAGUGACUUAUUUGGAUACGAUAAGUGACAGAAAUGAGACUUACAUUCAGGUUUUUUCCUUUUUUUCUCAUCUUAAUAGGUGAAUGUUUUAAUAACAGAAAGAUGGGAAGUGGGUCUAGUGAACACAGUGAAGGUGCGUAAGGAAGGAAUUGGCAGGAGAGGCCAAGUUUCAAGAAUAACACACUGGGUUGGAAAGGAAUAAGGGUUUUAGAAAAGAUGUCAGAAUAUUUGGGCUCAUGAUAAGUUAGAUAAAGAUGGAUUACGGAAAUGAAGGACACACACACAGAGAAAGGAAUGGAGGACACAGGAUAUUGGGAGUUGUUUAGAAAAGCAUAUUAAAAUAGAGGGUUCAAGAGAAUCAUGAGCAGUUUUUUGUUGGUUGGUUUAAUUGGAUGAACUAGCAUACUUCAGGUUUUCUGUUGAGAGGUAUUAAAAUCAUUUGAGCCACGGGGAAGGCUUUUUACAGCAUAUAGGAAUGUGAUAUCAUCUACUUCCACCCCAAUCUUGGCUUAGAUCCUCUCGAGUAAUGGGGGAAUGGAGAUUCUGAACUACACAGAUGUAUGGCCCAAGGUAGUGGUCUCCUCACUCUACCUCUUUUUCUAAUUCUCUGAUGUCCUUCCCAUGUACCUGUAGGGUUUGGUGGGCUAGGACUGGCUGUCAAAUCAGUAACAGGGGUUCAUUUGGGUAGUUGGUAACAUGUCUACAUUGAGAUGAUUACAUGGAUGACUGAAAGUCUGUUUAGCUUGUCCUCCAGGAGCAGGAAAUGGCUCCUACUCUUGGCCAUUUGAUGCUAUGCUUGUUUUGGGAAUCUGCUUUCGUAGGCUGAAAAGGGUACCAUUGAGCCCUGCAAAAGAGUGAUCUAAGAGCUCACAGAAAGAAAAUAUUAAGCCGUGUAUAGGG